AUGUCGAAGGGCCUCUUUACUUUUGCCACUCUCAUGAUUCUUCAUGGCGGUUCAGCGAGUUCGAAUUACCCCGAGCUUAAUCCAGAGCUUGAAAUGUACCAGGAUAUAACUAGGGUGUUCCCACUCACCGAGGCCUGGUACAUGGCGUACAGGAACUACGAGGAAGACCCAGCAUUCGGAACAUCUAAAUGCCUAGGAGUUUCCCAGGUGGGACCUGAAGAGGAGGGUGGAUAUCCGACAAUGGUUGAGUAUGGCGACGGAACACAGUCGGCGAACGCGUUGAUCACGUUUGAGUCAACUGAAGGGUAUACAUCCAAGAAUAGGUUAAACUAUUUACCCGAGGGCCAAGAAUCACUGACUCUAUACGUGGCUUAUAUGGAUGUUGGAAAGUGCACCGUCUUCCGGAACGUCUACGUCAAGGAGGAUGCCUGCAGCAUCGUCGUUCCGAAGAGCCUACUUGGACAAAGUACAAUCUAUUGCGAUUUCGCUUACGACCUUCUGUGUGGUACCAAGAAAUAUAAUAUCUCUGACGCCAGUUGUCAAAAUGAAGAUUGA